AUGCCAGCUGAAGAGAACUCUGAGAAACAGGCUGCGCACUCAGACGGAGAGCAACCAGUGCACGCGUCGCUGCCGUCGCAACAACUUGACAAUUCGGGAGCCAGCUCGAGCAACCAGAUCGCACCGUCCGAGGGACAGUCAGCAGAGGCCGCGCAGAACGCGGACAAAGAUUCCGAGGACGAAAGCGACGCGUCGCAUACCGCUGUUCGCGCAUCACCCCCUCGCUCUACGCAGCCUCAGCCAUUCCCCCUCUCCCCACCUACGCCAAAGAUUGAACUUCUGCCGGAACCUGAGACCGUCGAAGACGACCUAUCAGACGACUCCGACGAAUUCCCCGCCCUCGACGAGCUCGUCGAUCAGAUGCAUCCGGAACGAAGCAGCCAGAGCCACACCGUAAAGGACGAAUCAUCGCCACCAACAAGUAGAGCUGCCGUGAAGGAGGAAGCCCCAGAUGAUAAUAUCAUCUACGUCUCUUCCCGCGAACCCAGUCCCAUGUCUCGGUACCCAGCAACCCAGCCUCCCCCAUCCUCGAAGCGUCAGAAACCGAGGUUCUCCAGCGCCACGCAGCCAUCAGCAUCCCAAUCCCCUCAGAUCAGACCUAAGCCCGCAUCUGCUCGCGUCACUAGCCACUCCAGUUUGAAGCGCAGGCUCUCGUCCGCAUCUGUCUCUGGGAACGCGUCCGCCUCUCCGAAGCGCCCCCGGAAGUUCAAGAAACACGAGGAUUUCUGGGCACUCGAUGGCAGCGUCAUCCUGCAAGUCGAGGACUAUCAGUUCAAGCUGCACCGUAGCUCCCUCGCUAAGCAAUCUGCGUGGAUGAGCGUCUUGUUUGAGGAGGCUCCUGACGGGGAGGACGUCGGUGGCAUGCCCAUCUACUGCCUCGACAAGACCGGUCUACGAGCCAGCGACUUCGAAGUACUCCUCCGGACAUGGGAGAACGCGAUGUGA